CCUUGGGAUCAGGCAGCGCAGCACCAGCGCAUCAACAUCGUCGCAGCAGGCUCGCUUUGUGCGUCCAUAGAUCGUCGUUCCUGUGCCGACAGGGGCUUGCCUCACUCAGAUUAUAGGCUAAGCAUAGACACUUCCCGGACAGCAAAAACAAAGGCCUUGCACCGCGCAGGACGGGCACGAUGUCACUUCCAUCGGCCAACGAUGUAGCUGAAGAGCCUGCAGUCGACUCUUCGGCGCAAAAGUCGACCCGCUUCGAUGGCCAGAGUGACGCGGCCGCCGUGCCCACUUCAAACACUGCCAUUGAUCGCACCGAUUCGACUCUGAGUGACCCUCGAGGCACGGAGGGCGGCCUACGGAGACGACCCACUCGGCAAGCAAGCGCAGGAACGAGCUCGAUCCCGCCACUCAAGAGGAUACUGACUGAGAUGGCGACACCCGAGAGGCCCAUCGGACCAGAGCCGACCUACCGCGCCUCCAUGAUCGCCCUCGUUAAGGCAUCCUGGCUCAAUCUCUUCCUCGUCUUCGUACCCGUCAGCUGGGCCUUGCAUUUUGCGGGCAUCAGCCCGACCAUCACGUUUGUCAUGUCACUCUUGGCCAUCAUGCCGUUGGCAAAACUGCUCGGCUUUGCCACUGAAGAGAUGGGCUUGCGACUCGGUCAGACCCUCGCAGGCUUGCUUAACGCCACGCUCGGCAAUCUCGUCGAAUUACUCAUUGCCAUUCUUGCGCUCAUCAAGUGCGAGCUCAGACUCGUGCAAGCAUCACUCAUUGGCAGCAUCAUCUCGAACUUGCUCCUCGUGUUGGGCUGUUGCUUCUUCGCCGGCGGACUCAAGUAUUCCGAGCAGGGCUUCACGCCCGGUGGCGCUCAGAUCAGCACGAGUCUGCUCCUCAUCUCCGUCUCUGCCUUCCUGAUUCCAGUCGCAUUCAAUUCGACCUUCUCUGACCAGCUUGCGGAUCCUCUGCAACGUUCCGACAUCCUCAGCAUGUCGCGUGGCCUAGCUGUCAUCUUGCUCGUAUGCUAUCUUGCCUAUCUCGUCUUCCAGAUCUACUCCCACGCUCAUUUAUUCGAUGAGACCGGCGCCAAGGUCUCACAAGGCAAGUCGACGUAUGGCGAUCAUAAGCUAUGGCGCCAGGCACCUUCUGCCAACCGCGGCUCACAGCGACUGUCGACCGAUGCGUCAGUUCUCGCCGAGGACAAGACGAUAUCUUCAGGCGACGCCGAUUCUGAGGAAGAGGGCGAGCAGAUUUCUAUGAACCUCGUGUCCACCAUCAUCGUCUUGCUCGUUGUCGCUGGUGUCACAGGCUACACCGCCGAAGUCCUCGUAGACUCUAUCCAAGGUCUCACCGACGCACAUCCCUCCAUCUCCCAAGAAUGGGUCGGCUUGAUCCUUCUACCCGUCGCGGGCAACGCUGCCGAGCACGUCACCGCCGUCACUGUCAGUGUCAAAGACAAGCUGGACCUGUCCAUCGGUGUUGCCAUCGGCUCAUCUAUCCAGAUCGCUCUCUUUGUCAUUCCGCUCCUGGUCAUCAUCGCCUGGGGCCUUGAUAAGCCCCUGAGCUUACUCUUCAGCGAAUUCGAAAGCGUGGUCGUUUUCCUAGCAGUUCUCAUGGUCAACAGUACGAUAGCAGACAGCAAGGCAAAUUGGCUGGAGGGCUUCCUCUUGAUCGCUUUCUACAUCGGCAUCGCCGUCGUGUUCUGGUACUAUCCAACCGGCACGACACCUCAGGAUGUUCUGCUGGCGUGCACCUAA